AAUUACCAAGAGAGAAGUUAUAGAUUGACGUCUGAAGCCACCAAUAAUGUUUGCGAAAAAGAAUAAUAUUUAUCUCUCACUUCUCGUUGAUGGCGACUGUUUUGUCAGAUGACCUAAAGAAGCAUUAUAACAUGGUGUGGGAAAUUAAGAGUCCCCUGAGCAGCAGCAGUAGAAUGUUGGAUAUCACAGGGCCAGAGGCAAGUAGAGAACAGGGCUUGGACCUGCUCCARUGUGAAGAACACCUGCCCUCCUCCCCCGGAUGCCCCACCAGUGACAGCCACAUGGAAUACGAUGACCUCCCGGAGCUGGAGGAGGUGGAGGAGGACCAGACAGCCCACGCCGUGUUUCAGGUGGGGGCGGGGGUGUCCCAUCAGGAACGGACGGACACAGUCAUGAGGCCGGGCCCCUGGACACACACUGGGUCACACAGCUAGCUCAAUCGCCACAGGCCCCCAGAGUCCCCUGCUACAGGGUUUCCACUCAGGUCG